GUAGGGUGGCUUCGUGGCGCAAAUUCUCACUGAGGCUGACGUUCACCUGUUACGUUAACGUUUCAUUAGGUGCCAAUUGGGUGCAAGCGGCUUGUGGGCAUGGUGGACUAGUGUCAAAAGAGGGAGGGUCUGAGUAGGAGGACGCACUGUUGACUCAUCUUCGAGGGUAUCAACUGCUGGUUAGAGACUUAUCUGAAGUUACAGCGAUUUGCAAAAAAACUUAGUGUACGUGGCGCGAAUAGUUGUUUUGUACGGGAGGAUUACAUUUAACCGUUCACCAGCCGAACCUGCUGUAUUGUCUGUAUAAGAAUGGAUGUUUCAUUAAGUUUCUUCGUUUUAACAUUGUCCUGCACCUUUGGAACGAUGCACAGCCUGCAGAUGUGUGACAUCAUGAUGGAGAUUGAGAGGGAAAGAGACGAAUGCCUGGCUCAAAUGGAAAACACAACAUCAGGUUGCAGCGGGAUGUGGGACAAGGUGGCCUGCUGGCCCAGUGCAAGAGUGGGAAAAGUGGUCACCAUCCCUUGUCCCAAGUACUUUACCUACUUUACUAACCAUUUCCACAUGGGUAAUCUGUCAAAGACCUGCACUAUAGACGGCUGGUCAGAGAUCAACCCGGACUCUUAUGCGUUGGAUUGUGGAUACAAUCCGAAUAGUACCACAGGUGAAGAGGCGGGAAAGUUCUACUGGGCGGUCAAAGUAGGUUAUACCAUCGGCCAUAGUGUUUCGCUCAUCUCCCUCACCAUUGCCAUCAUUAUACUGUGCACUUUCAGGAAGUUGCAUUGUACAAGGAACUACAUCCACAUGAACCUGUUUGUCUCCUUCAUACUGAAAGCCAUUGCCGUGUUCAUUAAGGAUGUGGUUCUGUAUGAAGUUGGGGAGUCUGAUAACUGCCAACCAGGGCCGGUGGGCUGCAAGGUGGUGAUCGUGUUCUUCCAGUAUGGCAUCAUGGCCAGCUAUUUCUGGCUCCUGGUGGAGGGUCUGUACCUUCACGCCCUGUUGGCUGUCUCAUUCUUCUCUGAGAAGAAGUACUUCUGGUGGUAUAUUCUGAUAGGGUGGGGUGUUCCAGCUGUCUUUAUUACUGCGUGGGUGAUAACUAAAGCUUAUUCAAAUGAUAUGGGAUGCUGGGAUACAAUUGACAACCAUGCCUGGUGGAUCGUUAAAACGCCAAUCUUAGCAACCAUACUUGUGAACUUCAUUCUCUUCAUCUGUAUCAUCCGGAUACUGCGCCAGAAGAUAAAUUGUCGAGACAUAGGAAGAAAGGAAUCAAAUCAGUACUCGAGACUGGCAAAGUCGACACUGCUCUUGAUACCUCUAUUUGGGAUCAACUACAUAAUAUUUGCCUUCAUUCCUGAUGACAUACACCCACGACUGAGACUGGUCUUCGACCUUAUUCUGGGUUCUUUUCAGGGUUUUGGAGUUGCAGUCUUGUAUUGCUUCUUAAAUGGAGAGGCACAGGCUGAGAUUAAGCGCAAGUGGCGCAGGUGGCUCCUGCAGAGGUUACUGGGUGCCGACAUUAAGUAUCAGCAGCCCUCUCUGGGCAGCAACGGCAACAACUUCAGCACCCAGAUCACAAUGCUGACUAAGUGCAGCCCCAUCACACGCAGGGCCUCAGACUGCCAAGACGACCUUUCAUCUAUCUGAGUACCAGGACUGAAGCAACCUUGGGAAGAAACCCAAGUGUACUGUAGAUCGGUCAACCUGCACCCAGGCAGCAGUAGAUUAGAGGUUAUCCAAACCAGUGGUUAGUUACCUCACAAGAUAGUCUCUAUGGAGCUGGAAACAUCUCCAUCAAACCUCUGUACGAUCUCUACCUGUGUGUUUGAGUGUUGCAUGUGACUGUGUAUUUUACUUCUUCGUUCGUGGGUUGGUUCCUUUGCCCAGCAUGUGAUGGGAGUUUGAUUCAUAGUUCAGGGGGGAGGGCAUUAGCAAGACACAGAACUAAACUGGACUCAGAAACGUCCAUACUGAAGCUGCAUUUACAGAGCUUAAUCCUCCCUGAAUUUUGUGUCUUACUCACCGCAUCAGAGCACCAUGGAAAUAGCUGAGGUCAUCAGGACGAUUCAGGGGCUUUUAGUGACAUCACAGUAUUUAUCUAUCUAAUAUAUAAAUAUAAGUAUUCGUCACUAUUUAUUGUCCUUAGCCGAGAGCGUGGGGAGUACUGCAUCUUGUACUGAAGGAGAUAUGGGUGUGGGUAAAAGAGGAUUAGGACCACUUAAUCUAAUGGCUCAACAUGCUGGUAUCCUGGGACCUAUAAGAAGUUAGUAGGACUAUGAGACUGAGCCGAUCACCUUUGAACGCUCACAUCCCAUCAGCUAUCUAUCAUGGGAGCAUCUGGUCGCCUGUACACCCCAGCCAAAGGCCUAGCCAGUGGAGAUGACGGUUUUAUUUGAGAACGUACUUUUUGUGGAAAUAUAUAGUUGAAUAACAUUCCAGAGUUCAAACAAAAGGCUCUCUUGUAUCUCUGCAGUAGCAGAUGCUCUUAGUUGUGUCUGAGUGCAUAGUUUGUUGAGCAGUCAUUCGUUUUAGGAGCCUCAACUGAUAAGCCAGCUGUAUUUAAUCAGCUUGUUGGUCAAAGUAUGUGAAUUUUGUUAAUAAUGUAAUGUGUUCAUUAAGCAGCCACUUUUAUUGAAUGUGACCGACGGUACGGAGGGGAUUAGAGGGUAUAACUCUGUGGUUGGAGUCGAAUCAAGUCAACAUUUAAUUGUAUAGCCCUUUUUACAAGCAAUGUCACAGAGGGAUUCACAUACGCCUAUAGAACUGCCCCUCAACCAACCUAAACCCUCGAGAAAAACAAGGAAUGACUCCCACAAAAACUCACUAGAGGGAAUUUUUUUUGAAGAAACCUUGGGAGGAGCAAUUAAGUGAGAUCCCCUCCUCCAGAGACGGUUAGUGAAAGAGAGGUAAAGAACACAGGCUCAACAUACCCUUAUAGCAGGGAAGCGUCAAUGGGUGUUGAAACACCCAAAUCCAGUUUUCAACUUGGGUCAGAGUUGGUAAAUGUCAGUUUACUCACAUUAAGUCAGGGUAUCGUGUCAACUCAGAGUAUGGUGUUUUACUACAUAAAUGGGUGAAUGUGAAUAAGUUAAAGAACCUCUAAUAAUACCCUAAUAACCCUUGCAUUGUUGUGGUGAAAUGUAAUAUAUGGCAAAAGUAUCCUACAGAUUUAUACCAUGUUAUAUCCUUCAGAUUUACAGUUCUCAGGUGUGGACAGAUUGUUUACAGUGAAUUAUGUAAUGUACAUAUGUUCCUCAUUUGUAGUAUUUUUAUAAUUUGUCCAGUCACAAUGUAUUAUUAUACAUAUAAAUUACUAUUGUGUUAAUAUUAUUUCAAGUGUUUUAUGCUGCAUAACACAAAAUACUAUGUAUGUUUCUGCAAAGUCUUUGUAAAUAUUCACUAAUAAGCCAGUCUAUAUGGAAUCUGUUGCAAGAAUUAAAAAAAACUUACAUUUACAAUUCUGUCAUUAUUUUGCUUCAGCUAGCACAUUACAGCUGAAAAUGGUUAUGUUUGUAACACUGAAAGGUUCUUUCUGAGAAAGGGUUUGUCAUUGUUUCUGGUAGCAUAUUGGGAGUUCUGGAGGGAGGAAGGGAGGGAGUCAUGGUUCCUGUUUCCUUUACUUUAAAGUUUAUGGUUUUCAAUAGGUUAAAGUUCACCAUGGCUUGUCUUUACCUGUACAUUAAGACAAUAUGUACAUUCCACCCUAAAGGACAUACCACGUCACACAGAAAUGUUUUACUGUAAGGACAAUAACAUAAUAAAUGUCUUUGGAAGAAAUUAACUACACUGUAAAUUAUUUUACUAAGUUACUAAUUUUACUUCCAUAUCCCUAUUAACAAAGAGAGGCAAAUUAAGAAAACACA